AUGUCGAGUAAUCAACUCUCCAUCGCCGACCCUCCUGCCGACGCAAUCUCAGCCCUGCGAUUCUCACCCCAUCCAGACUCGCAGCGCUUCGCCGUCGCCUCGUGGGACAAGCACGCCUACAUCUACGAAGUGACGGAUGGCAAGAUGUGUACGCAAGUCGCCAAGUUCGAGCACCGCGCACCCGUACUCGAUGUGUGUUUUGGCAACAGUGACAAUGAGAUCUACACGGCGUGCUUGGAUUGGGAUGUCAGAAGAAUCGAUGUACCCUCCGGGACGCAGACUGUUUUGAGCACACACGACAACGGAGUCCGAUCGGUCGUCUACAGCAAGGAGCACUCACUGGUUGUCUCCGCGGCGUGGGACUCGACGGUGCACAUCCACCCCGGUGGAGACGCAGGGUGGUCGACCGCGACAAUCAACCUGCCGUCGAAACCAUUCUCCCUGGCCGUCUCGCCCUCGAAAUUGGUCGUCGCCAUGGCGAACCGAGCAGUCCACAUCUACGAGCUGAAGACCCUAGCGAGCGAGUGCAGGAGUUCGGCGAAUUCACUACAGAACAGACUCGACAUCGAGCCGUGGCAGAGAAGAGAGAGUAGCCUGAAGUUCAUGACCAGGGCGGUGGACUGCAUGCCGAACGACGAAGGGUAUGCCUCAUCGAGUAUUGAAGGCCGUGUUGCGGUGGAGUGGUUUGAUCCGUCGAACGAUUCACAGGCUCGCAAGUACGCAUUCAAAUGCCACCGCCAACCGAUCGAUGAUGUGGACGUCGUUUACCCGGUCAACGCCAUAGCGUUUCAUCCUAUCCAUGGCACGUUUGCGACUGGUGGAGGUGAUGGAGUGGUGGCUAUUUGGGAUGCUGUUGCAAAACGAAGGAUCCGCAUCUACCCCAAGCUCGCCUCAAGUGUUGCCGCCCUCUCUUUCAGUUCGAAUGGACGAUAUCUGGCUACUGCGAUCAGCCCGGGAUUUGAAGAUGGCAAGGAGGAAUUUGCCGAGGGUUCUGUCGGGAUUUUCAUUCGCGAGCUCGGCGAGAAUGAGGUCAAGAGGAAAGCAAAAUGA